AUGGAACUAGAUGUAUCACCUGCAGACAAAAUAGACAACGAUAUGGAAUAUUCAGAAAAUUCGACAGACAGUAAAUAUACGCCAUGUAAAAAUGACCAGUAUUCUAUCAUACGCAUUCCCGAAGAUGGGGAAAAGUCAAGUAAGCACUCCUCGAGGAAACAAUCAAAGAGGAGAAAAAAGAAUUCCAGUCAUUCACGGCCUUUACCAAGGAUAAUAGUCAAACCUUUGCCUCCUCCUCCUCCCCCUGAAAACAGGGAAUGGACAGCAGCCACAUCGUUUUCAGAAAGCAGUUCUAACUCUAGCCGACCAUCAACUAUGCGAGAAGUAUUGGCUAGUAUCCCUGGGUUUUGUAUGAAACCCAGAAAGAGAAGUGGCAAAAAGUUAUCUACAGCCGCACAAUUGCAGCAAACAAGAGAAGGUUGCAUUGACUUAGAAACACCGGAUUCAAUAUUAGUAAAUACCAAUAUAAGAGCAUUACUAAAUAAACACACAUUUUCACUUCUACCACCUUUAUACCAAUAUAAACUUGGGCAGCUACUCCCAAGUGUGGAUAGGUUAAGUCCUUCAGGUCGCUUAAAUUCUUCUAGUCUGAAUAAUGAAUUUUUUGCCCGUGCCUGCUUACAAUGGCAAGACAGCCUAUCUGGUGGAGAAUUAACUCCAGAAAACCAGCAAAGAAUGAAGACUGAAGCAGAAAAAGAAAAAAGCAAAAUUGAUCCUUGGAAAUUGAAACAUUUUGAACCAAUUUGGGGAGAGAAAUGUAGAAAAGAAAAAUCUUCCAUCAGUUUGAAUUCAGAUCGCCCAUCUCUUAAAACCACAAUAAAGUUAAGGCCAACAGCUUCAAUAACAAGCAGUAGUACAGUUCCAAAAAUUAAAAAAAGUAAAUCUGGUAGUAGUAAAAGAAUGCGUUCAGUGGGAGCAGUUACAAGAUCUUCAGCUCGAGCUGAUGAUGUAAUAGAAGAACCACUUUCAGUGUGUAGUAAACAAUCAGCUCCGGUGCCAGACUUAUUGCCUCUGAAACAGUCUAAAAGUCACAAUCAUGCUAACUAUGAGGAAUAUCCGGUAGACUUUACUUUCUCAGAUUCAUCUUCUACACAGAGGAUGGAUGACUCACUGUCUACUACACCAGUUGACCCACUCCUGCUACCAGAUGGGGAUUCAGAAAGGAAUGAAGUUAAGCAAGAACUAGACAUCAGUGUUGUUACUAUUGAAGAAACUUCAAAAGAUUGUGAAGAGGAUAAAGCCAUAGAUUUUGAUAGUAAUUUAAAUGAGUCUUCUAAGAGAUCAAGCAAUGAGAAUGCAGACUAUACAAUGGCAAAGAGAAUUAAGUUUGAAGAAGACUAUGAAAUGCAUAACUCUAAUUAUAUGACACAUAAUGCAGAAGUUACAAAUCACUAUUCAGAUAUUGAGACAAAUUAUUCAAAUGAGCAAGUUUGUCCUAAUGAUGAACUCUUGUAUACUGGGCAAGACCAUGGUGACACUAAUAGUGAGGAUAGUAAAGCCACUGCAUCUGUCUAUGAAUAUGAUGCAAGAAGUGAAUCUUCAAUGUCCAGUCUGAAGGUAGAUAUGACUGUAAAUAACAUGAGUGUGAGUGAAUCUACAGGUGCUACUGAAUCCAUUUCUUACGAUAAUAUUGUUAACGAGGUGGAGGAGAGUCCUGAAAUUGAUAAGGGUAGUUCUGAAAGUGUAAUAUGUGAAGUUCAGGAACCAUAUGUAGAACAGUAUCAGGAAUGUGUGAAGUCGGACACAGAUGUAGAGUCACCACAACACUGUAAGGAAACUGUGGCAGAGCAGGAACAAGCAGUGUGCCAGAGCUACAGCCAGGAAAUGGAUGCAGUAACACCUGAUGUCCAGUCUCAUAUUAAGGAUGAUGUGAUGGAUAGUCCUAAAUGUGAGAAAGAAAGCUUGCCUCAGAACAUGUCACAGAAUUAUUAUGAUGAACAUUUCAAAGAUGCAGAGUCUUUUAUUUUGGAGACGAGCCUCUCAAUACUCACAUCACAGAGUGAAGAUGUAAAAUAUUCAUCACAUCCUAACUUGAUGGAGUUGUCAUCGUAUAUGAGUGAAACAAAUGUGACUGCUGUUGUGACAAUGCCUUUAACACAAAAUUCAUCAAUACCAAUGAUGGAAGUCACUAAUACAUCUAUUGUUUCCUACCCUGAUGAUAACAUGAAGGAUGCAGCUAAACCCAAGGCAUCAGCAGUGUCAUGGAAGAACGACAAUGACUGGACAAACAAUGAAAAUGUCAUGUCUUUACAUCCUUUUUCUAAUUUAAGCACAGAGAAUACCAAAUAUGUUAAUGAAGACUCCAAAACAAGUAUGGACGAUAUAAAUAUGAAUGAUGAAAAUUGUAUGUACAAAGAAGAUAGGGAUGCAAAUUUUAAUAUGGAGUCCUCUAAUUCAUCUGAAAGUUGUCAGUCCAUAAAAGAUUCAUCAAAACAAGAACUAGAUGCGGCAACUAGCCUGAUAUCUAGUACCGCUGUUACAAACCCACCGGUGAAUUCUACUACUAUAAGUCAGGGAAUCUGGGCUCGAGGUAAAAAAUCGAAGAUUGGAAAGGAAUCUAACAGGAGUAGAAGCUCAAACAAAGUGCCCCCAGGCACAGUGAACCUAGAACGCAGCUAUCAGAUCUGCCAGGCGGCGAUACAGAAUAGUCCGAACCGCGAUGCAUUGCGCGGUCAACUGCGACCGCCGCCCGCACUACUGACGCGGCCCGCGCGGUCCGUGCGGCCGCCACCCCCGCCUCCGCCCGUACUCGUACGACAGCUGCCAGUAUCUGUGAUGCCUCAUAAUGAAAUGAACGAGAAUCGGUCUAACAACGUGGGGCAGUAUAUUCUCGUUCAAAGAACUCCUAAUGUGGCGCCGCGAGCUUCCAGUGCUCCACCUGCGAACCAAAAUACUAAUGUGAGCGUAGCACGGUGCCGUAGUGUGGGCGCGGACGACGCGUGCGUGUGUAACCUCCGCGCCAUGAUACUGUGCAAGAAAUGCGGUGCCUUCUGUCACGACGACUGCAUCGGAUCAGCAGAACUAUGUCUCACUUGUCUCAUACGCUGA